CACACACACACACACACACACACACACACACACACACACACACACACACACGCACUGACAGACUGACAUCCGAAAGCUUUUCCUUCCACUGCAAUGCCGUGAGUGACUCGAUCUCAAAUGGCUCGCUAUCCGCUUCCAUGCGCAUCUUCCAUCAGGAGCCGCAUCGCUUGAAUCCGGCGCUUAUUUGGCUAAUCGACGUUGGACCGGGUGUUUUUGGCCCUCAUCUACGGUCGCAUUUGCGCAUCCUCAUCCUCAUCGGUGCCCUAUAAGAUCCGCUCACUUCAUCCUCGACCCCUAAAAGAUUAUUUGCACAGAAAUGUGUCCGUGUGCGACGAUGCUGGCGACCGCUGUGUUUCUCGGAAAUGUGAUGCUACAAUAUGUGUCGUCUCAAAACGCUGGGUUUGUGAAGUCGCCCAUGUCUGAGACAAAGCUCACGGGAGACACCUUUGAGCUGUACUGUGACGUGGUUGGUAACCCCACACCGGAGAUCCAGUGGUGGUACGCUGAGAUAAACCGCGCCGACUCCUUCAAGCAGCUGUGGGACGGCGCCCGGAAGCGGCGUGUCUCCAUCGCCAACAUCUACGGCACCAACGGCGUGAGCGUGCUGGGUGUCACACGCCUCACGCUCGAGGAUUCCGGAACCUACGAAUGCCGGGCCAGUAACGACCCGCGCCGCAACGACCUGCGCCAAAACCCUGCCAUCACCUGGAUCCGAGCUCAGGCCACCAUUUCCGUGUUGCAGAAGCCAAAGAUCAAUGCUUCUGAUCAGGAAGUUUUGCCGCCUAAAAAGCCACAGGAAAACAAUCCCCCUGUUACCUUACAGUGUAACUUAACCACCGCUCACACUGCGCACCGGGAAAGCUUCUGGAUGAAGAAUGGUGAAGAAAUCCCAAAUUCGAGAAAAGGACUGAAAAACACAGAGCUUACACUCCACAAACCGAGAGCGGAAGAUUCCGGAGAGUAUAUGUGCGUCUACAGUUUUGACAAAGCCCCAAAUGCCAACGCAACCAUCGAAGUCAAAGCGGCUCCUGAAAUCGUCGGUCACAAGCGAAGCGAGAAUAAAAAAGAAGGAGAAAGCGCUCUCUUGUACUGCAAAUCUGUGGGAUACCCACAUCCCAUCUGGACAUGGCAGAAAAAAGUCAGCCAGGGAUCAUACGUAGACAUUGACAACAGUACCGGACGCUUCUUCGUUCUGAACAAAGACAAUUACACAGAACUGAAUGUUAUAAAUCUUGACAUUAGUACAGACCCUGGCGAGUAUGUCUGCAGUGCCUCGAACGUCAUUGGGUCUAAAGAAUCCAUUUCAAUUCUGCGGGUGCGUAGUCACCUGGCUCCACUCUGGCCUUUACUCGGUGUGUUGGCAGAAAUCCUCAUCCUGGUGGUCAUCAUUGUGGUUUACGAGAAGCGCAAGAAGCCAGACGAUGUCCAAGAUGAUGAUGAACCAGCUGGAUCCAUGAAAACCAAUUCAACUAACAACCACAAAGACAAAAACCUGAGACAACGCAACACCAACUGAGCAAAUAAUAAUACUGACUGCACAUCUUGACCGUAUGAAGGUAUCCAAGGAGAGCAGAAGUUCCUGGCUAUUUCUAAUAAAGCGUAUCCUGCCUCACCUGGCCAACGAAUCAGCAACAGCAUAUCACUGGCAGAAAAGUACAAUAAGGACUGUCUUAAAGCAUGCCUUAUUCAGUCUAAUGGUAUGUGAGUAUGUGUGAGCACAAUUGAUCCAACUCAUUCAAAAGGUGUGCAUAUUCCUUUUACUCUUCUGUGCUGUUCUCUUUUUUUCCUUCCUUUUAUCAUGUCAUCCUUCUGAGGCGAAUCCUUUUGCAUACUUGCAUAUCGUGUCGAAUGCAUGCAGUAACAUAACCUAAUAACAUGCCAUUUUUUUCUAUUGAUAUCCUUUUGUGUGGUGUUGCUUCAGAGGAUUACCCUAACUCUCUGUGUGUGUGUGUGUGCGGGUGUGCGCGCACGCGUGUGUAUGCGUGUUUUUUUUUAAGAAAUUCAAAGUGAGAAAAGAAAAAAAAAAGUCAGCUCCACUCAUUGAGUUCUUUGUACAGUUCAUCAUCAGCUCAUAAAAAUUAAACAAAG